AAUUAAGGCUGAGCUGAAUGCCAAGUGUUUUUUUAUAAUUUUAAAAUGAAAAGAAAUAGCUAGAAAAUAAUAAAAACAAAUUAGUUUAUUUGCGUAAAAAUAAAAAACAAAUGUGAUGAUAAAUUGUGUGUAAGUUGUUUUCUCAGUUUAAAGUAGUUUUUUAUUUAUUUUUUCGAAUCAAGUUUUGAUUUAAUUUUUAUUCCCCACCAUUGUGAAUAUCUUUGGAGUGAGUCUCCUACCAUUUCUCAUUUCAACUAUUGAAAGUAUCAACGUCAAGACUUGUACACAACGCAAAGUCAUUCAGUUUGUUACCUCUUUAUUGUCAAGAUGUAUAAGUAUUAUUUUUUUAUUUUCAUUAUAUAUGUAUUAUCAUUAAAAACAUAUGCAUUGCCAAGUCCAUCUCAUGAUGAUGCACAAAAAUUACCAGUUAAACAAGAAAAAACAUCUUCAUUUCUACCAUUAUUGGAAUUUAAAAAUGGUGGAAUUCGAGUAAAUUUUGCUGGUUAUCAUGCUGAAGCUGGUCUUGGUGGUCUCUUUGGUGGAACUGGUACACGCGGGGGGCUAUUUGCAGGUGCUGGAACACCUUUUGGUGCACAUGCAUCAGCAAAUCUUGGUGGUGUUGUUGAAGGAGAAGAUGGUGGUAGCACAGGAGGAGGACUUCAUGCACGUGCUGGACUUGGUAAUGGUGGUCCUGAAGCUGCUGCUGGUCUUGGUGGUGCACUUGAUGGUGCAAAUGGUGGUGGUAAUCGUGGACGUAUUUAUGCUGCAACAAAAAAUGGUGGUAAAACAAGAAUUGCAUCAAAAGAACUUGGUCCUGGACAGAGCAACAUACAAAUGAUUCCAAAGCUCAUAGUGCAAACUGAUUCAUCAGGACAAAAUCCGGAAUUAAAAAGCGACGUAACACGUCGUGAUAUUAUAACACCUGAAGGUGGCAAUCAACAGCUAGCUGGACCAUCAAGAAGAUGUGAAAAAAAACGUAGAAGAGUUUGUCAUAAUCAUGGUAAAAAAGUUGUGAUUUAUCAACAAACAACAGAUGGACAAAAACCACGUGAUUUUGCAUUUGAUAAACCAAUACCAAAUGCUGGAUUUGAUGGUCCAAUAUUAGGUGAAAAAAAUCACGAGUCAAUUCCUGGACUUGGACCAGCUUUUGCUGACACAACUGGGCUAAAAGAAAUUCCACCAACAACUACAAAAACAACAAAAACAGGUGGACAUAUUUCAUCAUAAUGAAAAAAAAAAAAUAACUAUGUUACUCAUAAAUUAAAAUAUUUAUAUUCUACUCUAGACUACGUUUGCUGAUUUUAAAUAUACAUUUAAAUAAUUCAUUAAAAAAAUAUUAGCAAUAAUAAGGAAUAAAGAAGAGACAAAAGAAAUCUUCACAAGGACGUAUCAUAAUCAUUAAUACUCAAGUUAUUAUCGCUAUUUUUUCGAUUUUUUUAAUGUCUCACACAACUGAUACCUCAAACCUGUUUAUUUUUAUUUUUUUUCUUUUUGUUUACGCCUGUCCAACGACGCGCGGAAAUUUAUAAUGUCGUAAGAUUAUAUAGAUGUCUAUAUGUAGAAAUUUUUUUAUUUCAAAUUAGAUGUUUGCAUCAAACAGAUACUUUUUAUUUUCAUUAUUAUUUUUUUUGUGCGAAAGCAAUUUUCA